UUUAAUUACAAUCGCUGCACCCUACGGAUAUGUCCUUCCCCUUCCGCCCUCCCCAAUUCAAUUCCCACCGGCGCCUCCUCGAGCAAAAGCUCUCAGACCUCCAUAAAUGCUACGACCCUAUCUCCCUCAGCCAAAUCCACACCCAAAUCUUCCGCCUUUGCCUCCACCGCGACCCCUUCGUCGUCCCCAAGCUCAUCUCCGCCUACUCUCUCUGCCGCUGUCCGUUUGCUGCCGGCGCCGCCUUCGACCUUGUCCCCGACCCCAAUUCCCUCCUCUUCAACACCCUCAUCCGCGCCUUCGCUUACAACUCCCUCCCCUCCCUCUCCUUCACCACAUUCUCUCGCAUGCAGCUUUCUGGCGUCAAAGCCGACUCUUUUACCUACUCUUUCCUCCUCAAGUCCUGCCACGGUCAUCCUCGCCGCGUGCAAGCAAUCCACGGUCAAGUGGUCAGGCUGGGGUUUUCUGCAGAUAUAUUUGUUCCCAAUUCGCUCAUAGAUUCGUAUUCUAAAGCCGGUGAACCUGGCCUUGCCAGAAAAGUGUUUGAUGAGAUGCUGCUGAAGGAUGUGGUUUCGUGGAACUCUAUGGUUGGGGCGUUGGUGAGAGCAGGGGAGAUUCGGGAUGCACGGAAAAUGUUCGAUGAAAUGCCUGAGAGGGAUAUUGUGAGUUGGAACAGCUUGUUGGAUGGAUAUGUUAAGGUGGGUGACAUGGAUACUGCUUUUGAUUUGUUUCAGAGGAUGCCCGAGAGAAAUGUGGUAUCUUGGUCUACUGUCGUGUCGGGAUACUGCAAGAAGGGAGACAUGGAAACGGCGAGGACGUUGUUUGAUGAGAUGGGUGUUAAGAAUUUGAUAACUUGGACGAUAAUGGUGUCUGGGUAUGCUGAGAAAGGUCUUGCUAAGGAGGCUUCAAGCCUGUUGGAUAAAAUGGAGGAAACUGGAUUGGAACUUGACGCUUCUGCUAUUGUUAGCAUUCUCACCGCCUGCGCCGAGUCAGGCUUGCUUGGUUUUGGUAAGAGGAUUCACGCUGUAGUAAAGAAGCACAAAUUGAGAUUUAGUACUCAAAUUAACAAUGCACUGGUUGAUAUGUAUGCAAAAUGCGGCAAUUUAGAUGAGGCAUGGAGCAUCUUCGAAGAAAUCAAAGAAAAGGAUUUGGUGUCCUGGAAUUCUAUGGUUCAUGGCCUUGCCAUACAUGGUCACGGUAAGAGAGCUUUGGAUCUCUUUGCUCGAAUGGAGGAGGAAGGUUUCUUGCCUGAUGGUGUUACCUUCAUAGGUGUGCUUUGCGCUUGUACUCACAUGGGGCUUAUCAAAGAGUCUCGUAGGUAUUUCUCCACUAUGGAGGACUAUGGGAUUGUCCCUGAGAUUGAGCACUAUGGAUGCCUUAUUGAUCUUCUUGGCCGCCGAGGUAUCCUAAUGGAGGCUUAUAAUCUCGCCAAGACAAUGCCUUUUGAGCCAAAUGCCGUAAUAUGGGGUAGCCUUCUCAAUGCUUGUAAGGUUCAUAACAAUGUAGACCUUGCUGAGAAGGUUGUUGAUGAAUUGAUGAGACUGGAAUCAUCAGAUGUAGGGAACUUUGCAAUCAUUUCUAAUAUAUAUGCAUCUGCUGGAAAAUGGGAUGGAAUGGCUAAGGCUAGAUUGAAAAUGAAAGAUGCUGGCGGGCAAAAGCAGGCUGGAUCAAGUUGGAUUGAGCUCAAUAAUGUUGUUCAUGAGUUCACAGUUGGAGAUAGAAUGCACCCUCAGACGGAUAGAAUUCUUAGAAUGCUUAAUAGGUUGGGGAAACAUUUAAAGCAGCUUGGAUAUGUAGCAGCUGAAGUAAAUGUUUGAUGCUUUGUAAAGAAUGAAUGGAGGCUAAA